GACCUCAGGCACUCUGCAUCUUUUCAACGUAACAUUAGAGGAUGAUGGAAUGUACAUAUGUGUCACACACAAUGCUUUACUGAACAUCAGCAAGAGGAGCAAGCCAGCUAAACUAACUGUGCAGGGGGUCCCGAGGAGGCUGCAGAUCAUCCAGGGCCCUGACAACAUCACUGCUGCCAUGGGAACAGAGGUCUCCAUGCACUGCGAUGUCGGUGGGUUCCCUGUUCCCAUGGUGCACUGGUUCAAAGACGGCUGCCUCCUGGUGAACUGCUCGGCCUCGUUCAGCCUCCACAACAAUGGACAGCUGCUCACAUUCAGGAAUGUGACCAAGGAGGAUGAGGGCUCAUAUCACUGUGAAGCAUCUAACCAGAAGGAGUCAAUCAAGUCUCAGUCAGCCUUCCUUCUUCCAGCUGAGAUGGACUGGCGCUUCAUCCAGCAGCCCACCAACCUGACGGUGAGGAGAGGAGAAAAUGCGACAGUCACCUGCAGGCCUCCUUACAGCAAACCAGCCGCCCAGGUGUCCUGGUUCAAAAACAACCACCUGCUCACUCCCACAGCCCACUCAACUGUGCUGCCCAGUGGAGACCUCCUCUUCACCAGUGUCCAGGAGUUUGACAGUGGGAGCUACUUCUGCAGGGCCUCCAACAUCCACCUUCAAAGAUUUCUCACUUCUCGAAGAGCAGCCCUAACUGUGCAAGCCCCUCCAUCAGUGAAACUGUGGCCUCAAGUGUUGACGGUGCCCGUGGGUGCUCGGGUGGUGCUGGAGUGUCAAGUGUCCGGUCACCCUCUACCCUCCAUCAGCUGGGUGAAGAGAGGCCACUCCAAGCAGACAGGGGGCAAAAUUGCUUUAGGACUGAGAAACGCCACGCUCUACAUCCAGUCAGCCAGGAGCUAUGAUGAGGGAGUGUAUGUGUGCGAGGCAUCUAACACACUGGGCCGCAGCCACAACACAGCAAUGCUGAGAGUUGCUGUGAGUCCCAUCAUAGUGACCUCAGUGGUUCAGGUGAGCUGCAGGAUCGGGGCUUCAGCGAUUUUCCCUUGCAAAGCUGUAGGGAUUCUGCCCAUUACUUACAACUGGACCAAAGGCAGAGCAGAGACAGAGUCUCCCAUCAGCUUCAAUGAAGGCAAACACAUUGAUGAAGAUGGAGCUCUGCAUAUCUCCAGCGUGCAGUAUUAUGAUGCAGGAGAAUAUUACUGUACUGCUGAGAACCGAGCAGGACGACAUCAGAGACGCACCAUCCUCACUGUCACAGCUGAACAUCAUCCAGCUGAUAAAGGCAGGCAGACAAGACUGGUUUUGUCUGCUAGCAACAACACUAGCAAAAGAAUACCAGCUUACCAAACCGAUGAGUCUGUGGUUGAGCAACAUCCGAAGACAACACAUCAGCCACGUGCCAAGACACAGCGCGAUGAGGCCACAUGCUCCUUAUCACACUGUGACACUACAACAAGCAGCGCUACCACAUCUUCUACAGUUCCAAGGGGAGCAGUAGCUGAGCUGAAAAUGCCACGAGGGUCACAUGGCCGUCUUCUACAGCAUCACCUGAGUCAGCCAACAACCAAGCCAACCCAGCCGUUAGUCACUCAGAUGCAGCCUCCGAUGUUACCGCCUCCUCCACAUCCGAACUUCCAGUCAGUUCAUUUCCACGCUCACAGCCAGACUUUGGCUGUCACUAGCAAAGCAUUGGAUACAACUGUACCGGUACUCACUGAGCAUCUGUCCCAUUUGACAUUAACAUCAUCACGCACACAAUUUGAGCGUCAAGGAAGUGACGUAUUGUUGAUGAAGCCUGAUUCGAAGGGUUCUAAGAUUCAUGCUGUGACUCUAGCCAGUCAAAUCACAGAGUUUGUCACUGAGACGUCCGUGCCUCAACCAACAAACCCUCCAGUGGGUAUGUCCUUUAGCUCUCUCAUGUUGGAUUCGUAUUUGCCGACUACAAAUCAAAGUCCUGAGACUAACAACUCUGGCUCAUCCACUGUGCCUUCUGCUUCACAAGAAGACCCAACUCAACUUCAUCAGCUAGUGACAGAAAAUGAGUUUCACCAAUCCUACCAUCAGCCAACUUUAACCCAGAUUUCUCAAACCAAACUGGAGGACCUCGGUCGACCUCUACAACAGAGAACACAUUCACCAACCCUCUCACAGAUACCUCCACCUGUUGAUCAACAGUCGUUUACUCAAAAGCUUUUCCCAAAGUUCCAUCUUGAGCUGCCGACAACACAGCAUUAUCUGGCUUCCACACAACCUUCACCCACUUCAGCCACAAAGCCUCAACAAUUCAACAGCCAACCUUUGCCCGCACUGUCUCAACCAACUUCAACCAUAUCCACGCUCCCUCAAAACCGACCUCGACCGUCUCCAACACAACAUCCACUGGUCCACGCACAAUCUCCUCCACCACAGACAGAAGCUUUUCCAGUCCAACGCAGAGAGCCUUCAAUCCCAACUCUCCAUCCUCCCGAUCAGACUUCCCAUCCUUCAACAUCGGCUCCAGAGAUUCACUUUGUCCACCUGGUCAACACGUCUGAUCAGGUUCAACUAAAUAACAGCCAGCAAGGGGAUACAGUUCAGUCAGUUAAAACCCCCAAUGACACAGAGCUCACAGAGUGGCUGAAGCGGAAUACAUCCCAGUCACCUAUGACCAGCAAUGAUCCAAGAGUAACGCAGCAGUCUCCAUCAUGGCUGCCCGUGCUGGAGAAACAUGACAUCCCCAUUGUGGUGGGAGUGGGUGUAUCUCUGGCCUUUAUCUUCAUCACUGUUACCUUCUAUUCAGUGGUCCAGAAGAAUGAACCUGCACCAACAAGCCGAGCAGAGCCAAUUUACAUGUCCUUAACAGCUCAGAGGAAUCUAGGGGUCCCCUUACGACACGCUGAACGCCGAGCUGCGGGACGAACAUACGAAAACAGAGCUUUUGAAGACGACGACUGUGUGGCUGUGAUUGAGCAGAGCCCCAACACAUCAGAAACCCGAGCCCGACCUCCGGGGCCGAGCCUGGUCACGGUGCAGAUGGAGCCCACGUUUGAGGAUCUUCAAGAUGACACACAACCUGCCCUGGACAACCACUCAGUCACUGUCGAGACCUAUCCUGAGCCAAUUCUUGACACAAAGAUUGAUCCCUGCCUGGAGGAGGAGAAGGGCCGCAGUUUGUCCCAGCCCAGCAUUCAGCUACAGUGUACUGAGGACUGGACCAGUAACAGAGGAGACAACCGCAGUCCAUGCCAGGACGCUUUGCCUCCUCCAUCAUCCUUACCCUCCCGCUCUCCUUCCCCCUCUCCACCAUCCAGACCUGGUGAGGGCCUGCGCUCCUCAUUAACCCUGCAGAGUGCCGAGGCAUGUGCAGCACCCAUCCACCACAGCCUCAGCAUCUCACACGGGAACCCUCCCCUCCUCCUCUCCCACCACGUUUCCUUGGGCCUCACUACAGUUGCAGUGGACGUCCAUUUUUACCCUGCAGCCACUGCUUCGAUGGCGGUCUGCACCAGCACACACAUCAACUCUGUCGCUAAUUCCACUUCAGCAGCUACUCCUCUGUUCACUCCUCCGUUAGUUAACUGUCAGGAUAAUGACCAAUCAGCUGCCAGAUAUCCUCAGAGUAAGUAGCUUCAGAUUAAGGCAUCAAGUCUUAAUUACUGAGCUGCGGCGGUGGACAGAACCAGGCUUGCUCGUUCCACCUGCUUUCAGUCUUCAUGCUAAGCUAGGCUAACUCUCUGCUGGUAUGAGCUCCAUACUGAACACACACACAAGAGUACUGAUCAUUUCAUCUAACUCUAAGGCGAAUAGUCACAAAAAACUAUUCCUCUUAUGAUUCAGGUCAAACUAUGAGGCUAACAUUCUCUGUUUUAACAUCUACUGGCCAUGUUUUUGUAAAUGUAUAUUUUAUAGCUUUAGCACAGCACUUUGUUUUACUCCCUGUGUUUACAUUUAUUACAUGUUACAGGUCGACUGUAGAUUAGGAUAUUUCUUUGUACAAGUCUUGAUUUCUACUAUAUUUACUUUUUGCAUUUAAAUUGCGAGAGAGAAUAUUUUCACGUGUUGUUUUAUUUUGUUAUUACUUUUUUAGGGUUAGGGUUCAGUCUGAUUCAUGUUGUGUUUAAGUGCAGUUUGACUCAAAUGUCUUGUACAGCAUUGACCUCUUUAGUAAAACAGCCAAGAAUACUUUACUUUGUCACAAAAUACAGUGUGUUUUUUUUUUGUGACUGUACACACUGUAUUGCAGUGACCUGAUAAUUCUGAUUUCAAGCUACUUGACUGUUAACACCUUUUUUGAAAACCAAAGGAAAGUUAGAGGGGCUG